UACUGGUGAAAGUAAAAUAGCAAAAUUAUGGAUGACUUUGAAACUGAUGGCGCUACUGAAACAACAGAAACGACUAAUGUUGAAGAUUUAAAAGAAGGUGCCGAUCCGGAGAAAGUAGGUGAAGAAGGAGCUCGUGGUGACGGUGGAGAAGAGGUGGAUGGUGAACAUAUAGAGGGAGAACAUGUUGAAGGAGAACAUCUCGAAGGUGAACAUGCUGAAGGGGAACAAGUUGAAGGUGAACACGUAGAAGGCGAGCACAUUGAUAAAGAAAAAGUUUUAGGAGAAGGAGAAGAGUUAUUAGGCGAGGAAUUAGCAGGUGAAGGAUUAGAAGAAGAAACUCAAGAAGGUGAGAAGCAAGAAGAAAAAGUAGAAGAAGUUGUAGAAGAGGAAGAAGUGUAUGUUGAAGAACCUCCACCUGAUCCAGCAGCUCCUUUCAAUUUUAGUGAUUCUAAAGAAGCACUGAAGGAUCCCUUCCAGCUAAGACCUGAUCAGCUAGCAGAAGUAGAACAGCUUUGGGAAUUAUAUCAAAAUUAUACUCCUGCUUAUACUGAUAUUGAUAAUUACAUUACUGAAAAAGAAUUACUGUAUAUGCUCAAAGCAUUAAUGCUUAUGACAUUCACAGAAGAACAGUUUUACGAGUUGAUAGAAUACUGUGUAAGACCGCCACAUCCGAAAGGACACAUUAAUUUUGAUCAAUUUGUGAAGAUGGUGACCAUACGUCAGAGGGACUUUCUCAUUGAAGAUGAGUUGCGGACUGCUUUACAAGUAUUUGACCCUGAGAAAACUGGUUUAGUCGACAGAGAAAACUUGAGAGAAGUGCUUCUUAAACAAGGUCAUAAAAUAUCGCAGAAGAUGGUGGAUAGUCUUAUUAAGGAAGUAGAUAUGAGCAAUGACGGGACUCUUGGAAUUGAUGAUAUCGUUGGGACCAUGUGCAUUGAUUUGAAUAAAGAGGAUUUGCAGAUGCUAAUGGCGUCAUUGUAUCCUGAUGAGGCUCCCCCACCAGAAGAUGAUGAAGCAGCCUAG